AUGUGGAUCAAAAUUCAGCUUUGGUAUCUGGUCCAAGAGGCUCAAUUCAUAUAUAAGCAUUUGACUUCAUUACUGCGUAAGCGUUUAGUGCUCAAAUGUUCGUGGCCUGUAUAUAUUCUGGCAGUUGUGCAGAUACUAUUGAUAAUUUUUCUAAGCUGGAAACUAUUCAGGAAAUGGGCACAGAUAGACUUUGCUGAAUUUAAUUACAUUACAAGCCACAUAAUUGGUGUAGUGCAUCUAAUUUUUGCUCUGCAUCUCAGCCUACAUGUUUUCUAUCACCUGUUGCAUACAGCGCUUCUACAAUCACUGAAUCUAUUAGUACAACAACUACACAUACCCAAGGAUCUAAAGCUUCUGCGUCAACUGUUGUAUGUGCAACCGUCGUUGAAGAGAAUGCAACAUGUGGCUGCGUAUUACUUCAGUGCAACCUUUUGUUGGUUCUACUUUCUACUAUGUCUCAGAGGUGGCGUCCUUGUCAACAACUUUAGAUACGACGAUACAACCCUGAACCAGAACAAAAAGAGUCUGAAUGAUAUCGAGGAUGAAGCCGAUUGGGUGAAUAUUGAAGCACCACCAACUCGGGACCAGCAGCUGAGAACGGCUGCAUUGGAUCUGAUGUGGCCAGUUUGCAUGUUAUUCCCACUGAUCUGUGCCGCCUAUGUGCAACAGCGAGAAUAUAAGAAACUGAUGAAUGGAAUCUGGAAAAUAGAUUUUCCACGCACAAAGAAAGCAGUCAAAAAGGACAUCGUAAGCUUUCUGCUUAGCACACGAAUGUCUAUGGUUGACUUUCGUCCUCGUUCUAUCAAUUUUAUGGCUUGGAAACCAAAAUCGGAUGUGGAUGUGGUUCAAAUAGCUGGCAUUGUCACAGGAUACAAAAUGAUACUGCAUGUGGUGCUCUGCACCACCAUCGUUGACUUUAUGAAGCAAAUGGAUUUAAGGCGCUAUGAAAAUUAUCUCAAACAGAACUUGGACUAA